AUGGAUUCGGCAUCACUUGCGGACUCUGAGAUGUACAUCGAGUAUCAAUCCAAGGGAUCGUCUUCGAUCGAAACAUUUUCGAUCGAGAACGAAAUUGUCCCUAAAAAAGACCGCGUUUCAGAAGUCUACCCGAAAAACGAAAGCCGAGAUAUUUACCAAGAGUCGUUGAUCGCACAGAACAAUCAACUCGAUUUCAGUCAUUUUACAAACGAUCUACCGGAUAACGUCAAGAUACUUUUGGUUUACGCUCGAAGCGGCGAUCAUCAGUUCGACACGAUAAUCACCGUAGCCCAAAAACUCGGCUGGAUCAUAUCUGUGGCGCGAAACAUCAGAGAGGCGACGGAACUCGCCAACUCGCACGCCUACGACCUGGUGAUCAUCGACCGCCGGAGAAAACAAGAUUUCAACGAGGCCGAUCAGAUAUGCAGUUACUUUUUAGACAACGACAGACACGACGAGAAAUCUCUGCUUCGACUGCUGAAGAUCGGUUACGGCAAAGCGCUGCUGGAAUGUUCGCACGAGAGCAUCCUGAUGAACGAGCUGGUUGGCGUUUACCUGGCUCACCGGCAGCCUCGACCUCAAUUGACGGCGGGUCAGCUGCUGUAUCAAGCCUGCGACAGAUCCCGCGACAUGGUGCACAUUAUAGACGAGAAGGGCGUCCUUCAGUUCGUUAGCUCGUCGAACCUCAAGUGGCUGGAGUGGACGAUCGACGAGAUGAUCGGCAGAAAUCUGCAGUACAUGGUAGCGGAUGAUAACGUAUGGAUCAGCAUGUGCGAUCGUAUGAUUAAAAGCGAGGAAUUCAGAGGUACGAUAGUUUUGAGGAAUAAAUACAAUGGAUUAGUAAGAACGACAUGCAAAAUCGUGCCUUUGUUUACGAAUUCAAGUGAAAAAUACUACGUACUAUAUUACGACGUCGAUGGAAUGCUAAAAAAGGAUGAUAUUGCUACUCCUACAAUCAAAUCAAAUAACAAUAAUUCCCGUCCUCAAGUCAGUCACGACAAAACUACGCACAACACAGAAGAGCCCGCAGAUUCAAGCAGAGCUCCAACACCCACUCGGAUUCUCGUAAAACCGUAUAAUCCAAAGGUCAAAGGUCUUACUCUCUUGAAAAAUCCACAAGAUCCCGACGAACUCGAGCGACUUCUACAAAAACCCUUCGAGUGGGAUUUCGAUAUUUUCAAGCUGGAAAAGAUAACAAAUAAACGACCGCUCUAUUACUUGGGCUCGCGACUGCUGCUGCGCUACGACUUGCCGACUCACCUGAACUGCGACGAGUCGACGAUGCUGAACUGGCUGACCGCCAUCGAGUCCAACUACAAGCGGGACAUCUCGUAUCACAACUCCACCCACGCGAUCGACGUGCUCCAGGGUGUCGCCUGCUUCAUGCAGUCCGAGAGCUUGAGGAGCAUACUCGAGCCGCUCGACGAGAUCGCUGCCCUGCUGGCCGCGGCCGCCCACGAUAUCGAUCAUCCCGGCAAGUCCAGCCAAUUUCUGUGCAAUGCCAGGGAUGAAUUGGCUAUACUUUACAACGACAUCACCGUUUUGGAAAAUCACCAUUGCGCGCUCAUGUUUCAAAUUACUUUGUCCGACGACAGCGUGAACAUUUUUAAGAACUGCGAUCGCGAGACUUAUCACAAGGUGCGGAGUAAUAUCAUCGACAUGAUUUUGGCUACCGAAAUGACGAAACACUUUGAGCACUUGUCGAAAUUUUCCAACAUCUGCCGCAGAAAUACCAUAAUACCGUUUGUGGAGUCAAUGGACAAGAAGGCAUUUGUGCUGCCGGAAAACAUGACUCUGACCAAGCGCAUGAUCAUCAAGUGCGCCGACGUGUCCAAUCCCACGCGGCCUUUCAGGCUCUACUUCGAGUGGUCUCGACGCAUAGCCGAGGAGUACUUCAACCAGACGGACGUGGAGAAGCAAAAAAAGUUGCCACUGGUCAUGCCGGCGUUUGACAGAACUACCUGCUCCAUACCUAAAUCUCAAAUGGAGUUCAUUGAUUACAUCAUAAACGAUAUGAUGGAAACUUGGGAUGAUUUCAUCGAUAUGCCAGAAAUAAUUGGCAAUUUGAGAGAAAACUACACAAAAUGGAAAAUACUUUGCAACGACGGAACAAAAACCCUUGAAGAUCUCGAAAAAUUGCAAGAGCGCCAUGAC